AUGUGCCAUGAGUGUGGGAAAAGCUUCAAUCGAAGCUCAAUCCUUAUCACACAUCAGAGAAUCCACACUGGAGAGAAACCGUACACAUGCUCUGAGUGCGAGAAAAGCUUCAAUCGGCGCUCAAACCUUAUUAGACAUCAGAAAAUCCAUACAGGAGAAAUGCCCUACACAUGCUCUGACUGUGGGAAAAGCUUCCAUCUGAGCUCAACCCUUCUCGCACAUGGUAGAAUCCACACAGGAGAGAAACCCUACUCCUGCUCUGAGUGCGGGAAACGCUUCCAUCGGAGCUCAAACCUUGUCGCACAUCAGAGAAUCCACACUGGUGAGAAACCUUAUGAAUGCUCUGAGUGCAGGAAACGCUUCAAGCAGAGCUCACACCUUAUCAGACAUAGGAGAAUCCACACAGGGGAGACGCCCUACACAUGCUCUGAGUGUGGGAAAAGCUUCAAUCAGAGCUCUGCCCUGAAUAGACAUCAGAGAAUCCACACAGGCGAGAGACCCUACAUGUGCUCCGAGUGCAGGAAAAGCUUCAGUCAGAGCUCUACCCUUAUCACACACUGGAGAACCCACACUGGAGAGAAACCCUACAUGUGCUCUGAGUGCGGGAAAUGUUUCAAUCAAAGCUCUGCCCUUAUCACACAUCGGAGAAUCCACACAGGUGAGAAACCUUAUGGAUGUUCUGAGUGUGGGAAACACUUCCUUGAUAGUUCAACCCUCAUCUCACAUCAGCGAAUUCACACAAGAGACCGACCCUACACGUGCUCUGAGUGCGGGAAAAGCUUUAGUCGGUGCUCACAUCUUAUCACACAUCUUAGAAUCCACACAGGAGAGAAGCCCUACACAUGCUCUGAGUGCGGGAAAUGCUUCACUGAUAGUUCAGCCCUCAUAUCACAUCAGAGAAUCCACACAGGAGAUGCCUAUACCUGCUCAGAGUGCGGGAAACGCUUCAAUUGGAGCUCACACCUUAUCACACACAGGAGAAUCCACACAUGUGAGAAACCUUUUGGAUGCUCUGAGUGCGGGAAAAGCUUCAGUUGGAGCUCACUCCUUAUCAGGCAUCAGAAAAUCCACUUAGGGAAGAAACGCUACAUGUGCCAUGAGUGCGGGAAAAGCUUCAAUUGGCGCUCACACCUUAUCGCACAUCAGAGAAUCCACACAGGGGAGACGCCCUACAUGUGCUCUGAGUGCGGGAAAAGCUUCAAUCGGCGCUCAAACCUUAUCGCACAUCAGAGAAUCCACACAGGGGAGACGCCCUACACGUGCUCUGAGUGCGGGAAAAGCUUCGGGCGGAGCUCAACCCUUAUCAGACAUGAGAUAAUCCACACUGGGGAGACGCCCUACACGUGCUCUGAGUGCGGGAAAAGCUUCAAUCGGAGCUCUCACCUUAUCGCACAUCAGAGAAUCCACACAGGGGAGACGCCCUACACGUGCGCUGAGUGCGGGAAAAGCUUUGGGCAAAGCUCAACCCUUAUCAGACACCAGAGAAUCCACACAAGGGAGACGCCCUACACGUGCUCUGAGUGCGGGAAAAGCUUCAGGUUGAGCUCUCACCUUAUCAGACACGAGAGAAUCCACAGAAGGGAGACGCCCUACAUGUGCUCUGAGUGCGGGAAAAGCUUCAAUCGGAGCUCUCACCUUAUCGCACAUCAGAGAAUCCACACGGGGGAGACGCCCUACACGUGCGCUGAGUGCGGGAAAAGCUUUGGGCAUAUCUCAACCCUUAUCACACACCAGAGAAUCCACACAGGGGAGACGCCCUACACGUGCUCUGAGUGCGGGAAAAGCUUCAAUCAGCGCUCAAACCUUACCACACAUCAGAGAAUCCACACAGGGGAGACGCCCUACACGUGCUCUGAGUGCGGGAAAAGCUUCAAUCAGCGCUCAAACCUUAUCAGACAUCAGAAAAUCCACAUGAGAGAGAACUGUUAUAAAUCUCUUGAUUAGGGCUGGAGAAAGGUUUUUUGUUUGUUUUUUUUUAAAUCACAUUUGCUAAUUCCCACACAGUGAUUUUUGUACCAUCUCCACCGUGGUGUCUCAGCUCCACCAGAUCAGUUGCCUGCUUCUGCCUU